UAACGUCAGCCGGCCCGAUGGGGGAGAAGAGGGCAGUUUAAGUGUUUUCCGCUGAUGUGUGCAUCGGUGGGUGGAGAUGAAGCAUAUAUAUUAAGAGAGGUGGUGGUCAGAGUGGAGGGACACGGUUCUUGGUACCACCUUAGCAUCUCAACUCAAAAGAUCUCAGCACAGGCCGUCAUGGAAGCUGCCAUCUGCACCCUUGUCACCCAGUUCAAGACCUACGCUGGGAAAGAUGGAUCCUCUAGCACCCUGAGCAAAGACGAGUUCCAAAGCCUGGUGAUCGCCCAGCUACCCAACUAUGUCAAGAACGGCAGCGAUACCGUGGCGAUGGAACAGCUCAUGGGCUCGCUGGAUGAGAACAGCGACAACGAGCUGACUUUCUCCGAGUUCUGGCAGCUGAUUGGAAAGCUGGCGAGCAAACAGGGAGGCUUCAGUCAGUAGACUGUCUGUUGUGGCUUUGAGCUGAUCAAUCAAUCAACCCAGUUUAAAAUGUCCAACUGUGAACUCAAAGGCACUCCUGGCCUUUUAUCGCUCCACCAGUGCCACAUGUGUCACUCUGUAGUUAACCAUUUGUUGAAUGCAGGGAACGUUGAAUUAAAGGCUUCAUUGUCUUGAACCCUCAG